UUAAUCACAGCAACCAGCUCUCCUGUGCUGACCAGAACCUAACCUGCCACUAUGUGUGACGACGAGGAGACUACCGCCUUGGUGUGCGACAAUGGCUCCGGGCUGGUGAAGGCUGGGUUCGCUGGGGAUGAUGCCCCACGUGCUGUGUUCCCCUCCAUCGUUGGUCGCCCCCGUCACCAGGGUGUCAUGGUGGGUAUGGGUCAGAAAGACUCCUACGUAGGUGAUGAAGCUCAGAGCAAGAGAGGUAUCCUGACCCUGAAGUACCCCAUUGAACACGGUAUCAUCACCAACUGGGAUGAUAUGGAGAAGAUCUGGCACCACACCUUCUACAAUGAGCUGCGUGUGGCCCCUGAGGAGCACCCCACCCUGCUCACUGAGGCCCCACUGAACCCCAAGGCCAACCGUGAAAAGAUGACACAGAUCAUGUUUGAGACCUUCAACGUCCCAGCCAUGUAUGUUGCCAUCCAGGCUGUGCUGUCCCUGUACGCUUCUGGUCGUACCACAGGUAUCGUUCUUGACUCCGGUGAUGGUGUCACCCACAAUGUCCCCAUCUAUGAAGGUUAUGCCCUGCCCCAUGCCAUCAUGCGUCUGGACCUGGCUGGUAGAGACCUCACAGAUUACCUCAUGAAAAUCCUGACUGAACGUGGCUACUCUUUUGUCACCACAGCUGAACGUGAAAUUGUCCGUGACAUCAAGGAAAAGCUGUGCUAUGUGGCUUUGGACUUUGAGAAUGAAAUGGCCACCGCUGCCUCUUCCUCCUCCCUGGAGAAGAGCUAUGAGCUUCCCGACGGUCAGGUCAUCACCAUUGGAAAUGAACGUUUCCGCUGCCCUGAGACCCUCUUCCAGCCUUCCUUCAUUGGUAUGGAAUCUGCUGGUAUCCAUGAAACUACCUACAACAGCAUCAUGAAAUGCGACAUUGAUAUCCGCAAGGACCUGUACGCCAACAAUGUCCUCUCUGGUGGUACCACCAUGUACCCUGGUAUUGCUGACAGAAUGCAGAAGGAAAUCACUGCCUUGGCUCCCAGCACCAUGAAGAUCAAGAUCAUUGCCCCACCUGAGCGUAAAUACUCAGUCUGGAUCGGUGGCUCCAUCUUGGCCUCCCUGUCCACCUUCCAACAGAUGUGGAUCAGCAAACAGGAAUACGAUGAGGCAGGCCCCUCCAUUGUGCACAGGAAGUGCUUCUAAACAUUACGCACACUCCUCCAAGCAACACAUACAAAGUACCUCAAAGUCGAAGAAAACAAGACCUGGACAGUCACUGUACAGUUUGUUUACACUCCAUCAUAUUUAUUACUUUCUAAAUAAAACACAAGCGGUUACGUU